AUGGAACAAAUCAAAAUAAAAUUACACACCCUUCGCGGCGAGGUUGAUGCUGCUGUUGAACGCGCCGAGAAGGCAGAGGCGGAAAACAAGAAACUUCAACAGCUUCUACUCGAGCGCGAGCAGGAAAACAAAUCCCUUCUCCAUCAAUUGAAUAUAGCGCAGGCAGAUGUGGACACGUUGGAGGCUAAGGUUGCGGAAUCCAAAGUUGCGCAGCAAGAGGGUGAAUCUAUGAAGAACACGGGCGAAAGCCUCAUUCGUAAGGUCCAACUACUGGAGGAGGAGCUGGAUACUGCCGAAAAGAACUUGAAGGAGACCACAGAGAGGCUACGACAAGUUGAUGUCAAGGCCGAACACUUCGAACGCCAGAUUACAGGGUUGGAACGAGAACGUGAUGAGUGGGAGAAGAAAUACGAGGCUGCGGAUGCCAAGUAUCGCCAAUCCAAGGCCGAGCUGGACGAACUUGUCCAAAACAUGGAAAGCCUUUAA